AUGGCAUCUUGGGCUGUGGGCCUGAGUGGAGGAUCCCACGUCGCUGCUCCCGGGUCAGGGCGCGGCUGGGUCCCAGGACGGCCCCCCUCUGCCUCCCCUGACCCGAACCUGGCUGGGAGAGCGGGAGCCAUUCUGGGAGGAGGAAGGAGACAUGGCGUUGAGGAAGAGAAGCAGACAGGGCCACCCGGGAGGGAGGGAGAGUCGGAGCCAGAGGGCCAGGGAGAGACACCAGGGCAUUCCCAGGGACAGAAGAAACAAGGCGGAACCCGCCAGAGUUGAAGAAGGGCAGAGAGACACUCACCCAGGGAUUGCCCGGCCGUGCGCCUUCGGGCAAACGGCCUCCCGUGUCUGAGCCUCGGUUUCCUGGUCUGUGAAGUGGGGGCGAGUGAUCCCCUUCCCCGCUCGCUCGGCUAGCGGUGAGCGCUCAGGGAGGUCCUGUGUGUGCCAGGCGCCCAGGACCUCAGACCAGGCGCUGGUGUCAUUCCUUAUUCGUCUUUCAGGCGCACUUGAGGAGCCCAGACCGUGUACCAGCCGCUGCUCUAGGCCCCGGGAGACGCGGCUCAUCAGGCACACGUCCUGCCCCCCGGAGCCCCGCGGGCACAGUGUUGUCCUUGCCGGGGUCACCGUCACGCGAGGGAGCGUGAGCUGGAAUUUCGGUAGACGCGUCCUCAGCCCAAGGCGCAGGUCCCAGCAGCCAUACCCACCGCCACGCCUGUCGCCCCAGCGUCCCAGCCAUGGCGGGAAGCUCUAACGUGCCCCACAAGACGUCGCUGCCCGAGGGCAUCCGGGUGGGCACCGUGAUGAGGAUUCGCGGCGUCGUCCCGGAAAAGGCCGGCAGGUUCUAUGUGAACCUGCUGUGCGGCGAGGGGCCUGGCGGGGAGGCUGCCCUCCAUUUCAACCCGCGGCUGGACGAGUCCACGGUGGUCUUCAACAGCCUGGAGCAGGGCACCUGGGGCCGGGAGGAGCGCGGCUCAGGCAUUCCCUUCCAGCAUGGGCAGCCCUUCGACGUGCUCCUCAUCGCCACCGAAGAAGGGUUCAAGGCGGUGGUCGGCGACUCGGAGUACCACCACUUCCGCUACCGGAUCCCGCCGGCGCGCGUGCGCCUCCUGGAGGUGGGCGGGGACCUGCAGCUGCAGUCGGUGAAGAUCUUCUGAGCCUCCGGGCGGGCGGCGGGGUCGGGGGUCGGGGGUCCGGGGUCCCGGGCGCGGCAGGGCAAAUAAAGUUUCAGUCCGCGUGUGUGCGCCCCGUC